AUGGCUAUGCUAGGAUCUGCUAGGAUCGAAGUGUCUUCGACGUCGGGCGCAACGACCGCGUCGACGUCGACUUUUCUCACUGCGCUCGUCUUCAAUGCUAUCGUCUUUGGCGCUGAACUUGCGGUUUUCACAAUCAUUCGUCCCCAUUUCAAAGCUAUCUAUGAACCACGAACUUACGUUCCCGUACCCUCAAAACGAGUCACCUCACUCACGGGGUCGGGAUCCUUCCUAGCUUGGCCGCUAGCUGUGUUCAAAGCCGACUACAAGGAUGUCCUCAAUGCCAAUGGAGGCGACGCUUACUUUUUCGUGCGGUUCCUUCGCAUGAUGGCGCGCGUCUUCUUCCCGAUGUGGAUCCUGUCAUGGGCCAUUCUUCUUCCUAUCACCGCAGUCAAGACUCACGUCGGCACCAACACGAAGCUUGACUUGCUGAGCUUCGGAAAUGUACAACCCGACAAGCAGCACCGGUACUGGGCACAUCUUGUCAUGGCUUGGGUUUUCACGUUCUGGGUGUUCUACAACAUCCGGCUAGAAAUGAGCCACUUCGUCGUCACACGUCAACAGUUUUUAAUCAGCCCGGUCCAUGCGAAAAGUGUGCAGGCUAACACUGUGCUCUUUACCGGGAUCCCGGCCCGUUACCUCACGAUUGACGCGUUGCACGCCAUGUUCAAAGACCUCCCCGGCGGCGUGAAGCGUAUCUGGAUCAACCGCAACCUGCGCACCCUUCCCGAUAUCUACGAUCGGCGCACGGCUGCCUGCAGCAAGCUCGAGGCGGCCGAGACGAAGUUGCUUUCCAUCGCUGCCAAGUCGCAUUUGAAAGCCACGAAGGCAGGCACCAAGGAUGCUGAGCAAAGUGGCGAUGCUCCUGUCGUCGCUGAGGCCGACCGACCCACUCACAAACUUGGUUUCCUCGGACUUUUCGGCGAGAAGGUUGAUUCGAUCAACUGGGCUCGGAAGGAAAUUGCCAUGUGCAACAGACUGCUUGCCGAAGGGCGUCGUGCCAUGGCCAAGGAACUGAGUGACCCGAAUCAGACACCGUUCGAGGACGAGGAUGGGUUCCCGCUUGGUGAAGGAGAGGAGAAUGCCGACAAGGAAAUCAGUGCUAUGUCCGAGCAGACCUAUCCUGUGCUGAACAGCGCGUUCGUGACUUUCAACAAACAGAUCGCCGCGCACAUGGCUGAGAAUAUCUUGCUGCACCACGAGCCUUACCGCAUGACCGGGAAGUUCUCCGAGGUUGCCCCUCAGGACGUUAUCUGGUCGAACUUGGGCAUGAACCCCUACGAGAUGAAGAUUCGUACUUUGAUCUCGUAUGCGGCUACUGCGGCUCUCAUCAUCUUCUGGUCUAUCCCCGUCGCUUUCGUCGGUCUCGUUUCCAAUGUCCACUCGCUAUGCACCACCGCUUCUUGGUUGGCCUGGAUCUGCAAGUUACCUUCGGUUGUCGUUGGAAUCUUGAGUGGUAUACUGCCACCCGUCUUGCUCGCCGUGCUCAUGAUGCUGCUGCCUAUUGUUUUGCGUCAAUUUGCGGUCAUGGAGGGAAUGCCCAAACGCACUGCUGUCGAGCUCAGUCUUAUGACCCGCUACUUCAUCUUUCAAGUUGUGUGCACUUCCCGAUAUAUUCUCCUGCAAGGUCUCUCGGGGACUGCUGGUGGAUUCUUGCAGAUCGUUCCUCUGAUCGUUUAUUAUGUCAAACUUUUCUUGCUGGGCAGCACCCCUCGCUCGGUCUACGACAUCAAGUAUGGCGCUCGAAAUGUUGCAUGGGGAACCACCUUCCCUGGCAUCACCCUCAUUGUCGUUAUCGGACUCGUAUACUCGGUCAUAUCUCCAGUCAUCAACGGCUUCGCUUGCUUCACCUUUUACGCGUUCUAUGAACUGUACAAAUAUCUGUUCCUGUACCAGUUCGAGCAGCCACCUUCGUCGGACACUGGUGGCCUGUUUUUCCCCAAAGCCAUCAGCCACAUCUUUGUUGGCCUUUACAUUGAAGAGCUCUGCUUGGCUGGAUUGUUCUUCCUAGCCCGGGACGAUAACCAGAAGGCGUCGUCUGUUGGUCAGGGCGCGUUGAUGGUCGUACUGAUCAUCUUCACGAUCAUCUUCCAGCUGUUCAUCAACAACUCGUACGGACCACUCUUGCACGCUCUGCCGCUCAGUCUUGCGGACAAGAUGUACGCUGGCGGUGCCCCGGUCGAUCGGGCUGAGACUAGCAAGGCUGGCGAGGCCCACGAGAUGAUGGAGACCAAACGGCCUGAAGAGUCGCAGGGUCUGACAGAGGACACCAAGAACCGCGCCCACCGUCUCAGGUCGGAAGACGAGUAUGGUUUCUCACACCCCGCUGCAUCGCGGCCUCAGCGUGUCGUCUGGUUCCCUCGUGACCCGCUUGGGCUCGCUGCCGAGGAGGAGCAGGCCUGCAAUGCUGCCGGUGUCAACGCGAGCACUAAGGAUGCGGAAAUGAAUGAAAAGGGAAAGGUGGACAUCUCGGGCGCCCCGCCCGAUCUUUUGCUCGUCGAUGAAUGAACAGUUUCCUGCUUGGAUAUUCUUGAUUAGUACCUAUACCCUUUCUGUAUGUACUGCCUCCAAUCUAAGUACUUGGCUUACAAAUAACUGUAACUUACACACUCUACCUCUGCUCGAAUAAACACAUGUGACCGC